AUGUCGGCACUAACGAACCACCAAGUUUAUAAGCUUUUGACCGUCAAUACCGCUCCCGAAAGAGCCACUAGGUUGGUCGCGAAACUGGCGGCCGAUGUGCGUGGCGAUUUCCAGAUUGUACACUGCGGCAACGCUGAAAAGAUUGAACAUGUUAGACCCCUUGUAAUGGAGCAUCGGCCUGACUUGAUGUUCUGUGCGUCAAUGUGGUCGCCGGAAGAAAGUGCAGAAAUCAAGAAAAUUGCACGAGACGUAUUGCCCCAGUUGCGAUGCUUUGCUGUCCCUCAAGGCAUGCAGGUUCAACAUGGGCCAGAGUACACCGUGGAAUACGUCAAAUCAAAGCUGCGAGAUGUGAUUGAAGGAGAUUUGGGACUAGAAUGA